AUUGAUGUUUCAGAAAGAAGUGUUGGAACUCUGUAACUCACUAAUCAAAGGAAACUUCAAAUCCAUUCGGCACAUUGAUGUUUCAAAUAAGAGAGGCUUAGUUUCUGAUGAUGGCAAGAGAUCUUACAAACCAAAGUUUCCUCUUCAGAAGCUGAAAGAAGAAAGAUCAGAUGUCACCCUUGUGGCAGAGUUUCCAUCACUAUGGUCAGUGAAGGAUUGUCCUGUUUGCCAUGAAGAAGAUGACGAAGAGCUGAGGGAGAUAGAGAUGAUGGAAGAUGAUGCCUCAUCCUCGGAUGCCUCAUCCUCGGACGACGAAUCCUCGGAUGCCUCAUCCUCGGACGACGAAUCCUCGGAUGCCUCAUCCUCGGACGACGAAUCCUCAGAAGAUGACUUAGGAUGAUGAUACACAAACCAAGAGGACUUGGGACUUGGGAGAGAAUCAUGACGUUUAUCUUUGAUGUUUUGUCUGAAGAUGUUUUAAUUUUUUUUUUUUUUUGAACGAGUAGUAAUUUAAGUCAUGUGCUACAAACAAGCUUAUGUCAGAUUCGGAGAGACUUUCCCAUAGGCCUGGACCGUUCGGUAUUAGUCCGGAUAAUUCAGAUUUUCGGAUUUUCGGUGUUAUGAUUAGAAGUACCAUUCGGGUUUUACUAAUUACGGAUUGGUUUCGAUUCGGUUCCUUCCGGGUUCGGUUCGGAUUGGAUGUAACCAAUGUUUAAAAUCGUCCAAAACUAUUUUUUUUUAAACCUUAAAAUUGACAAAAAAAUUUCAAAAUAUAUAAAUUGUUUACAAAUCUAAUUAAAAAUUAGUUAAACUAUCUAAAUUAACUAAAAAAUAUUCAAAAUAACAAUUAAAACAAACUAGAAAAUAUUUUGAAUAUCCUAAAAUAUCUAAAUCAUCUUAAAUAUAUAAAAACAUUAAUAUAUUUAACUAAUUUCGGAUAUCUUCGGAUCCUACUUCGGAUGUCGGUUCGGAUGUCGGUUCGGUUCGGAUUAUAACCAAACACCAAAGUACUAAUCUCAUAAGUCUCGUUCAGAUAUUUUUAUAUAACAGUUUGGAUUUGGUUUUGGUUUUUUCGGUUCGGGUCUAGAUAAGUACUUUGGGUUGAGUUAAAAAUGGUCAGGCCUACUUUUUCACCUGAAGGUGAGAAGGAUAGAGGGCUCGGUUGACUCUAAUCAAAAAUUCGUGGUGCUCUGUAAACAAAGAAACAAACUGUUCGAUAGUCUUAUUGGGCCUAUUAAUGCGUCCAGAAAAGAAAAGCCCAUAUCUCGUCCGAUUGUUGUUGGCGGCUAAGAUUCUAGGAAGGGGGUAGCAGUGUAAAUAAACGGAAAUCGAGGUGGUGUUUUGAUCUCAAACUAGAUAAAGAUAAGGGUAAUACCGUAAAUAAACUGAAAGCGAGAGAUGCGGGCACGUGAGACGAAUUUCUGACUCUCCAAUCGACCUUAUCCACCUUGCGAGACAUCAGAUCCAAGCGCCACGUCAGACUAAGAUCAACGGACGAGAUCUUCCUGGUCGCCUUUAAAGUCAUUACUCUCUGCAACGUUUGUGAGAAGAAAGAAACAUUACUUGCGACCAAAAAUUACAGAUUCUUGAAACUAUUAGUGUUGAUACUUGAUAGAUACCAUGGGCUUACUAGAUCAUCUCUGGGAUGAUACCGUCGCUGGUCCUAGGCCAGAGAACGGCCUUGGCAAGCUUCGGAGACACCAUACCUUCAGUUUCCGGCCUAGCUCCGAUCAAUCGGACGGUGGAAGCGUGAGAUCGUACGGUGAAGAAUCACCGGAGGAGGCCGUGAAAGUGACACGUAGCAUCAUGAUAAUAAAA